GAAAGGACAAGACCUACUGCACGCAUCUCUGAGAGACCGAGACGUGUAGGACACGAAGAGAAACACCGCUCGCUUGGCUCUCGUCCUGUCACGGACUGCGACUGACUGAGUGUCAGUCGCCGUCGCCGUCUCUGCCUGCGCCUCUGUCUUGCUGCACCUUCUCUCUAGCACGCAGUAGCGAGCACAGUGACCGAGCUCCGAUCGCCCGAGAGAUCCGGCCGCUUGCAUCCUGGAAGAGCAUGGUUUCUUCUGCGAUCGAGCAACUAGGAAAGAGUGAGAUUUUCGGUCGGUGAAAGUGUGAGAUGUAAAUUGGGCAGGGGAGGUUUUCUGGAAUCAUACGGAAGUAGCUGUGUUUGAUUGCUCAGUUGGAGAACCAGGAAGUGGCGACUUGAGCGGACGGCGGGCAGAAAGAUUACAGAAAGAUAGCAAUAGAGAAAGAGGAGAAGCGAGUGAGUAUUUAGUCAAGGACUAAGAACCGAAGGUACGACAUGGCAAGCACCGAAGAAAAGCAGUUGGAAGGCGUAGAGAAGGGUGGACUGGAGUAUCUGUCAGAUGAGACGUGGGUGCCCACGAGCACCGUCCACGCUCCGCCUCAAGUGAAGGUGACGGAGCCUAGUGGAUCGUUCUGUCGAAUCGAGUCACGGUUCUCUGUGUCUUUGCCUCCAGACGAUGUCUUCGACAUAAUUAUUGACCCCAACAACAGACGUGUUUUCAAGAAUGUCAAGGAAGUAACAUACCGAAAAGUCCUGGAAGAUGAUGGCAAUCGACAGCUUGUUGAAGUGGAACAACUCGGAAGGUGGAAAUUCUUGGUGUUCUCUGGCACUUUUGCUUGUCGGGUGUUCGUCGAGCAAAAUCGGAAAGAACAUACUAUGCACUAUGACCUGGCUCGGCAAGGAAUGAUGAAAAAGUUCCAGGGAUCAUGGAAAAUCGAGCCCAAGUAUGAGACAGAGACUGGUAGCUCUGCAUCAGAACGUGGGGAAAAGAGUGCUAGCACAGGUAGACUUAUAGGCUCAUGGGUCAGUCUCCAACAAACUGUGCAGCCAGCUUUGAUCCCACCGUGGCCAUUGAGCAACUACGUUAGAGGGGUUUGUGGACAAAUUAUAAAGGAUGUAUGCGCCGAUUUGCAGUUAGAAGCCAUACGGCUGGCCGAGCUGAAGGCCAAAUCCGAGGUCAAAAGCAGUUCUUCUCAAGGCAAGGAAGUCGAGGGAUACCCAAGCAAAACUGAUGACAAAGAAGAAACCUUGGAACAAGUACAGAAUACAGAGUAGAUUAUCCCUCGGUCACAUGCUCAGGACACGGUUGGAGCAUGGAUUGACCUCGGACCAUGGCGCAAAUGCAUCCACUCGCUCUUCGACAUGUACAGUUGUUCCUCUUAUAUCGAAUGAUUCUCUGGUGUAAAGUAUUCAUUGUAUUCGGAAUUUUCUUCACAAUCCGAUUCCAGUAAGUUAAUGUUAUUCCCAGAAAGCGCAGACGUCGUCGAUCCAGGUACCUUUCAACUUAGAGCAGAUGUGGUUUGAUACUUGCGUGGACAUAUCAAGAACACCCCCUGCAUGAUGCAUGUUUCUGAAUUCGCAACUAAAACGGUAAAAGCCUCUUCCUGCUUAGGCCUCAUGGUAUCAAACUUACUGCCGUCUGCUAUCUUUUAUGAGUCGAUGUGCCCAAGUUUUUCGAGUGAAGAGGUCACAUAAGUCAUGAAGGAAGCUGCAGAACUUGGAGGAAAAACUGGUGGUCUGCUAGGAGGAUUGAGAUAUCCUGCAAGUCUUUGGAUCUUUUCCUUCGGAUUGAAGACUUAACGACGAAGUUACAGCAUUGGCACUUCGGUUAAAGUAAGUUGACGAAGGUUUUGUUAUGUCGAGCUGCGAAAGGCAUGAAGGUGGAGUUACCUUGAAAAGGUAACUCCACAUGCACACACACCUUGAAAAGGUGUGUGUGCAUUGGCAAACAUAAGUUGUCGGAGUAAGUCGGAGGGUUGUCUCUGUGAAUUUUGUGCCAAAAUUCACUAUGUGCUACAAUGUUUGGCUCAAAAGUGACCUUGCUCACUUUUGAUGACAGGCAAAACUAUGUUAAUUUACUGUUUUAUCAGUAGAUAAUUUAUAUAAACUUUGAUAAAUUUUAAAAAUUUUGUUAAAAAAAUAUAGUAUUUUCCAUUUUUAAUGUUUUGAAACAUAAAGAAGAAACACUUCAAUUUUUGUAAAUGAUAUAGACAG